GAUUGCGUUGAUAGACGAGACAGUCAGUAAAAGAUGGCUGCUGAAAUCAGAACUAGACCUCAAACGAGGAGGCCUGUGUUAGUCAGUAAACUUGAAGGAUGUAAUGGAACAGUCACAAAAGCGAUCAUAAUACCUAAGGAAGACGGGGUCAUCAGCGUGAGUGAAGACAGAACGGUUCGAGUAUGGUUGAAGAGAGAUUCUGGAUUGUACUGGCCCAGCAUCUGCCACUCAAUGCAAGCCUCCUGCUCUACCAUGGAGUUUAACCCAGAGACCAGAAGGCUAUUUGUUGGUCUGGACAAUGGCAUUAUCUCUGAGUUCAGCAUCUCAGAGGAUUACAACAGCUUAAAGACAAGGCGGGAAUAUCUUGCUCACCAGAGUCGUGUGACCGAUGUCUUUUUUUCCGUACUGACUGAGCUUGUGCUGAGUUUGGGCAGAGAUAAGUUCUUCCAGUGGCAUUGCAGCGAGACAGGUCGGCGCCUGGGCGGUUACAAAUUAGAGGCCUGGGGCACGGCAUUACAAUUUGAUGAGGAGACCAAGCAUGCUUUUGUUGCUGACUACUCUGGCCAGAUCACGGUCUUGAAAGUGAUGGACAACGGUCAUCAAGUCAUCACAUCACUCAAAGGACAUUCUGUACCGUUCUUGUUCUUCCAUUUGGACAAAGGGAGUACACGAUGCCUGGCUUGGGAUACCGAGAAUAAACUUCUUUUCUCUGGCAGCUUUGAUCAGUCCAUCAUAGUUUGGGACAUCGGAGGCCAAAAGGGAACUGCCUUUGAGUUGCAGGGACACACGGGAAAGGUUGAAAGCGUGUGUUAUUCAGCAAGGAGUAAGCAAUUGUUCUCAGCAGGCGAUGAUAACAACAUUGUUGUGUGGAACAUGGCUGGAAAAAGACAAGAGACUCCUGAGUGGGAAGAAAGUGACACCUGUCAGAAAUGUAGCAGUCCAUUCUUCUGGAACUUCAAGGAGAUGUGGACCAGCAAGACUCUUGGCGUGAGGCAGCAUCACUGCAGGAAGUGUGGCCAUGCACUUUGUGACAAGUGCACACCAGAACGUUCCACGUUGCCGACAUUGGGAUUUGAGUUUGAAGUGAGAAUCUGUAAGGAUUGUGCAGACUCCCUCACCGAUGCCGAUCGGGCUCCCAUGGCAUCCUUCUAUGACAGCAAGCAUGCCAUUGUGUCAAUGUACCUGGAUGAUGUCAAAGGUCAGCUUGUCACUUGCGGCACGGAUAAGGUCAUCAAGCUCUGGGAUGUAUCAACUCUUAUCCAGUAAGGGCUUGAAGAGAAAUAGGUGGCGCCCUUUAUUGCUGAAUCAGUGACAUCAAAAACUCAAGAGUAUUUAAUCACAGGUAUCGAAGACACUAAUAACGGUUUAUUGAUGAUGGAUUAAUGUAUCAAUACACCAUGCACCAAUAAUUGCUUAAAAGUAAUUGGUUUAUUGACUUUCUGUGUAUUGUGACAAAUAUAUUUGAUCUUGUGCAUGUACAUGUAUUGGCGAACAGUGCAUUGCAUUGUCAUGAACUUGACUUUUAUUGAUUCAUUGGAUUAUUGGUGUACUGAUAAUGCGCCGAUGAAGCAAAGCAUGUUGAUUGCACAGGCAUUGGAAAUAAUUAUCUUAAAUGGUAAAGUUUAAAGUAUUGAUCUGAUUUGCAUGCCCUAGGCAUCAUUUGUUGACUCUAUGGUUUCAUUUGAUUUGAAACUUUAUUCAAGCAAAUUUGAUUUGAAUGAAAAGGUCAAUCUUGUUCUUUUUUUUUAAUUUUUGUCGAGCAGAACAACUUUGAAGCUCUUGCCCUAUCAUUUGUCGUCAACUUUCUUCGUCAAUUUCUACUAAUGUAAAGAUAAAAAGAUUUUUUGUUACUAAGUAAUGACACUGCAUGAUGUGUGCAUGUAAUUGAAUUUCCACAACUUAAUAAGAGUUUGCAUUAUUCCUGUGAUUAGUGGCUUUUUGAAUGGAUUAAGUUGAGUUACAGGACAGUUGUCAAGUUGGGACUAUGUCAGGAUGAACGUGUUUAACACCAUGACCUACUCCCAGGGUUGAAUAUCUCUAAUUGACUUAGAUCUAGAAGCUGACCAGCAAUCGGAAGUUGUUUACUGAUUGUGAACAUGUCCAAAACAGGCAUACGGUCAAGGGUUAUGGACAUAGUCUUUAGUGUGUUGCGUCAAGAGACCAAAACUGUAGUCAUAAAAUAAACAACCAGACAUGGUUUGACGGAUCAUUCAGAGGCAGUGAUGAGGCAGCAUUUGUAAUAGCAGGUGUCAAGGGAAUUCAUAGACCAUUUGCAAGUCACUGAGAUCAGUGUACCAGAUGUUCAGAUUGAAGUUGCCAAAGAUCGAUAAGAUUUUAAAAAUUCUCUUUGCUUUAAUCUGAAUACUCAGUAGCUGCCUAAAUAGCCAUGUUGCACCAAAAAUGAUAUGCUCAUUUCUGUAAACAUUAUUUAAACAAAACAAUAGAUUGCUGAUCAUCAGAAAAAGUCUGUGAACAGUGUGAAGAUUGUCCGAUUGCUUUGUAUGCACAGCCUAGUUAUUUAUUAUUCACACAAACUUAACGUAAAUAAUACAUAGUUAACUUAAGCAUGAUGAAGAUGCACACACAUUGAGCAGUAGGCCAAGGUGCAGUUGUCCAUGUAGGUCUAAUUGAGGGGCAGCCUGACAUUAAAAACCAAGGGGAAAAGUUAGAGAAAAGUCUGACCUAUUUACAUUGUAGGGACUUUCUGUAGCUUCCAGUAUGUCUUGAAAGUUCAAACCCCGAAGACAAACUUUUGUUGACCUUUCUCUGCCUCAAAACACUGCACCAGAACAGUUAUUGUAAAUACAGCUCGAAAUAGGGUCAAAGGUCAUUGAACCUUGACACUGAUGAAAAAAUGAAGUGUUCAUAAAAUGUAAAUGAAACAAAAUUAUUCUCCUGUUAUUUUAUGAAAAUAUAAUUUUGUAUAUAGAAGGUAAUAGGGUCUUGAUGCAAUAAUUUAAUUGCAAAAGGCAAGUCAUUUUUGUGGUUUUAAUCAUGUACUGAAAAGUGACUGGUUUCAUUUGUCAUUUGUUGCCAAAAAAAACCUGUCUGUGAUUUGUUGAUUGGCUUAGUUUACAGUUUGAUUUCUGACAUCUGAGAGCAAAUUGUGCCACAGAUCAUAUUUUUGUAAAGGACAACAUUCAUACAUGUAGAUGAUUCAGACCUUCUACCCUUUUCUUUUGUUCUAGUUUUAAAGCUUUCUCCUACAAAGCCAUGGAGUUUGGUUUUUGCAUGAUAUGCAGUGGUGUAAAUUGUCUUCCUGUGUUAGUGUAUUCCCAUUCUCUAAAGUUGCUUCAGAUGUAUUUCUGAUGAGAAAAGUUGCAAAUCUCUCACCUUCACUGAAAAAGACUCCCUCUAAAUGAAUCCUAGAUCUACGGGAUCGUUAGACAUACAUGUACAUACCUAUUGUUUUUCAAAGUGUUUGAAGAUCUUGACAGCUUUGAAACGAUUGGACCCUGGAAUCUGAUAUUAGCAUUCUGAUAUUUUUGUUCCCACAAAGUGUAAAAAUCUAUUUUCAUGCAGUUAAUAUGCUUCUCUUGAAAGGCAUGCAACUUUUCCUUGGAUCAGCUGAUUUCCUCAUUUUUCGCUUCACACUGAUGCCAUUGAAAGUUGAAAAGCACUUUACAAAGUCUUGUAAUGAUCGGAAUGUCCUCGUUUUUGUCUGAGAUCAAGUUGCAUGUUUGAUAAUGGGACCACUCACGCAUAAUUGAAUUUACAGUAUAUUAAUAAAUUGAAAAUGAACGUACUGUAUGUUAUAACUGCAAUAUGUAUCUCGUUAUUUAAAACAAAGAAUUUUGCUUGAUUGCAGGCUUGUUUGUAUAAAGGCAACUAAUCACAGGUAAUUAUUUCAUUCCAAUUAGUGUAUAUUGGCCCACCUGUGCUAAAAAAAGAAGCCUGGUUGGAGGAAUUUCAUGAUAUUAUUGCCAAAGUUGGUAAUCACAGACUGGUUUGCAGUAGCUUACCAGAGUUGUUGGACUUGUAUUUUAGAGCUUCAAGUAGUACAGGAAAUUCUGGAGUUAAUGAUAUUAGCUUGACAGUGCUGUAAAAGUGGUUAGGAAAAUCACAGUAACAUCCAUUGUUUUUUUGUCAUUGGAGAGGAAGCUUAAGGCAUCAUUCUGUAACUUACCGUGAAUGUUCCGCAUUCAAAAUGACAUCCCAGCAGGAAGUGUUACAAUUCACUUCCAAGAGUGGAGGCUUUGAUUUCCAUUGAUUCUUGGUUAGAUUCUGGGCUGAAUGGGCACAACUUUGGGGCUUCAAAAUCAGACCCACGUUCAUCCUUUAGCACAUUGAAGAUAUUCAUUGCAUUUAAGGGUUUCUUAAUAAACUUAUAUGGGAGGUUUGGGAUUAAUUGGUGCCCGCCAACUUGGCCCAACUGGGAGUUUUGUUCGAGGAAAGAAAUGUUGCCAAGAAUAUUAACUAUGUUGGCAUUUACUAGGGUUUGUUUUUAAAAUGUAAUAGUUGCAGCUAACUGAAGUCAGGAAAUUCUGUGGACUUCUAUUUACUAACCCCAAACAUGAAAAUUAGACCUGCCGGUCAUAUCUCAAAAUUUAUCUAUAUAUAUUGUUGUAAAAGAACAGAGUAAUGGAAAUAAAGAAAAAAUCUAUUUCAUCUGAA